AUGACUGACUUCAACCCCAAUAUGGUUGAUUUGGACACGGUUGAUCCAACAGCUGUUAUCUGCUAUCUCGAACUUGGUGAAAAUGAGUAUAAUGGUAAAUUGGGCGCUCGUAUCUCUGCUCUCUUCGUUAUCUUGAUUGUCUCGUCGGCUGCUACCUUCUUUCCCGUCGUUGCUGCGAGAGUCAGAUGGCUUAAAAUCAAUAUCUAUGUUUACCUCUUUGCUCGUUACUUUGGUGCUGGUGUUAUCAUCGCAACUGCAUUCAUUCAUUUGCUUGAUCCAGCUUACGGUGAAAUUGGCCCAAACACUUGUGUUGGGAUGACUGGUCACUGGGCAGACUACAGCUGGCCACCCGCUCUUGUUUUACUUUCCGUCAUGUCGAUCUUCAUGAUGGACUUCGCUGCUGAACAAUAUGUUGACCGCAAAUAUGGUUUCGCACACGGUCCAGCCAUUGAGGAUGUUGUCACUGAUCAAUCCGCUCAUCGCAACACUCUCACGCACAACCAACUUCAUUCCGGUGAUCAAGAUCAACAACUCUUCAACAGCAUCGCACAAGCUCAAGAAUCGAAGGAUGGUCCAGCAUCCAACUCUUCCUCUAACGAGAAGGAUGUAGAGAAAGUUACCAUCUCCUCUGAAAUGUCUGAAGAACGUUCUUUCCGUCAACAAAUAUCUGCUUUCUUGAUCCUUGAGUUUGGUGUCAUCUUCCACUCUGUCAUCAUCGGUCUUAACCUUGGUACUGCUGGUGAUGAAUUUACCACUCUUUACCCCGUCCUCGUCUUCCAUCAAUCAUUCGAAGGUCUUGGUAUUGGUGCUCGUAUGUCUGCCAUUCCAUUCCCAAAACGUUUUUCAUGGCUUCCAUGGUUACUUUGCGCUGGAUAUGGCCUUACCACUCCAAUUGCCAUUGCCAUUGGUCUUGGUCUUCGCACAACUUAUAACUCUGGUUCAUUCACUGCUAGUGUUGUCUCUGGUGUCCUCGACUCUAUCUCUGCCGGUAUUUUGAUUUAUACUGGUUUAGUUGAGUUGUUAGCUCGUGAUUUCUUGUUCAACCCAGAUUUGACUCAUGAUAAGAAGAGACUUACAUUUAUGAUCUGUUGUGUUUUACUCGGAACAGCCGUUAUGGCUCUUCUUGGUAAAUGGGCUUAA